AUGGCCUUCACCAUCACCGUUCUCUUUCCCAAUGAGCCUGAUGCCAAAUACGACUUCGACUACUACGUCUCCAAGCACAUGCCUCUAAUUCAAGAGCGCUGGGGCAAAUACGGCGUCAAGAGCUGGUCGGCAACGCAAUUUACUGCUGGAUUGGACGGUUCGCCAAGUCCCUACGCAUUCGGAUCCGUCGUCGAAUGGGGAGAUGCGGACCAAGUCAAGAAUGCCUUCGCGGGGCCCGAGGCCGCUGAAAUCAUGGGAGAUGUGCCCAACUUUAGCAACAAGCAAGCCCUUUUCCUUCUGGGCAGAAUGAAUGAAAGAUACUCGAUUGGACUGUCAAUUUUCUGGUCUGAUAUAUGGCAUGAAGUGCUGCGAAACUGUGCUGCAGAUUUGCCUAGCAACCUCGCUACUCGCGUUGAAAGUAUUGGUACUACAUCAACGUCACAUGAACCUAUACCAGCUCGGAAUGCUCCUCUGGUGUAG